AUGACCACAACUUGUCGCCGAUUUUUCGCCACAAAUUCGGCUCGCGCCUAUUUCGAUCUGCACCUCAAAAAUGAGCUCGACGGGAUUAAAGUGGCCGGAACUUAUAAAACUGAACGAGUGAUUGUUGGAAGACAGGGAGUUAUCGUGAAUGUCGCCGGCUGGAAGAAGCCAGUCAUCAAUUUCUGCGCAAAUAAUUAUUUGGGACUGAGCAGCCAUCCAGAAGUAAUCGCCGCCGGUCAAAAAGCACUUGAAACGCAUGGAGCUGGACUCUCUUCAGUGCGCUUCAUCUGUGGAACUCAGGAUAUUCAUAAAGAAUUGGAAGCGAAAAUUGCGGAGUUUCAUGGAACUGAGGACGCAAUUCUCUAUGCCGCAUGCUUUGACGCGAACGGAGGAGUUUUUGAAGUCAUGACAGGAGAACAAGACGCGAUCAUAUCCGAUGAGCUCAAUCAUGCUUCAAUCAUCGAUGGAAUUCGGCUGAGCAAGGCGAAACGGCUCAGAUAUAAGCAUUUGGAUCUCGUUGAUCUCGAACAGAAGCUAAAAGAAACGCAAGAUUCGCGAUUCCGACUCAUCGCCACCGACGGGGUGUUUUCGAUGGAUGGUGACGUUGCACCUUUGGCAGAUAUCACCAAUUUGGCAAACAAAUACAACGCUAUUCUGUUCAUCGACGAAUGCCACGCCACGGGAUUCUUCGGCAAGACUGGUCGUGGGACGGCCGAAGCUGUUGGCGGGAAACCGCAUGUUAUCAAUUCAACGCUCGGGAAAGCGCUCGGUGGAAGUAUGGGAGGUUAUACAACGGGUCCCAAGACGCUCAUCGACCUGUUGCGACAGAGAUCGAGGCCAUAUUUAUUCUCAAAUUCAUUGGCGCCGAGUAUUGUUGGCAGCAGCAUCAAGGUUUUCGAUCUUCUAAUGAACGAUCCUUCAAUUAUCGGAUCCCUUCAAGCCAAUGUCUCGCAUUUCAGAACAAGUAUGAAGUCAAAUGGGUUCGAAAUCACCGGCAAUGAUCCGACCCAUCCAAUUUGUCCCGUUCUACUCGGCGACGCCAAAUUGGCGGCACAAAUGGCGGACGAGCUUCUCAGAAAGGGCAUUUAUGUCAUCGGAUUCUCGUAUCCAGUGGUGCCAAAGGGAAAAGCUCGUAUUCGGGUUCAAAUCUCUGCAGCCCAUUCAAGGGAUCAUAUAGAUCAAUUGAUUUCCGCAUUUGCCGAUGUUGGAAAAAAAUUGAAUGUGAUUUAA